AUGUUGUUCAGGUUUGAUGACAUUACCUCUGUGAGGACUAAGGAAGCUGCAAGCAAACAGAAAUCGAAGCUGGGAACUUCAGGAUUGGUUGAAACUGUAGUGUUUGAGAUUAAGGAGCACGAAAGAAUUGGUGGGUCUUUGUUCAAAAGUGAUGCCAUUUGUUGUACACCAGAGCUUGCAGAUGCGGAAUCGUGCAAUUUGGAAGAGGUUAUAAUCAGGAGAGAUCCUAGUGGACCUGACUGGUCAAAAAGGAUUUCAACUUUUUUUGAAGAGAACAAGGAAGAAGUGAAAAUGUCUCCGGAAGCUUUGGUGAUAAAGGAAACAUGA